AUGUCUGUUACCAUAACGCUGGUGGAGAUGGAGGAGGAUUUCACGGACCUCACCAUUCCCGCUGAUUACAUCAAAUUCUAUGGCGAUCCUCUCAGUCUCGUCGCUGGACUAGACUCAGCACCAACGCAGUGGAAGGGAAAAGGCAAGGCCGUGGGGCCAUCCGUCGACGACGAGCCACCUGUGACGGUAGAGGAAGAAGUCGACUGGACCAAGUACAACCCUCCUGCGGCCUUGCACACAACGCCAAAUUUCCAUGACGAUGUUCUCGUUCACAUAAUCAAGACAUCCAUCGACAGGCUACAAGCGCGCAACGCCGCAGAGCAUCGAAAAAGAGAGGAGGAAGAGGAGCAGCGGAAAAUGUCGAGCGUGCCAACGACUCCAGACUCUGAAGAGGAUGCAGCCGCCAAGGAACCAUAUCUUCCCAUCAUCAUACCCACGGAUGACCCUCAACCCGUCUCCAUCUCUGAAGUUCAAGCCCACCUUGACGAAGCAGAAAAAGAAGACCUUGAGAAUCUUUUCUCCCAUGACACACCUGUAUCCAGGACGCCUUUUGAUCUUGACUCCAAGCCAAAGAAGAGCCGCAAGUUUAAGCUCGCCCACCUGCUCAAGCGUCUCGCCGAUAGGGACAGUGGCACUCCCCCGGUCAGAGACUCGUCAAAGAAUGAGGAGCCGUCUAGCUCAUCUGAGAUCACCAUCAAACAUGAAGAGCCACCGCUACCACCAACGCCACCGGAAGAAGUCUAUUGCACCCCGUGUUUCCACCGUCUCAUCACAACCGCAUGCCAGAACGAGCAGCAGUGGCCCCCCAAGUGUUGCCUCAACACAAUCCCCGAGGAGACAACUCUCGCCCACAUUCCGGCCGACCUCCAGAAGACGUUCCGUCGCCGCGCCGAGGAGUGGGCUCAGCCGGCACCGGAUCGAAUCUACUGCAGCCGACCCACCUGCUCACGCUUCAUCCCCACGAGGCGCGUCGACCACGCCACCCGCACAGCGCGCUGCUCCCACCGCAGCCAUCCUCCAACCUGCACCCUCUGCCGCGGCCCCGCUCACCCUACCGCCGAGGCGUGCCCCUCCGACCGCGACGCCGCCCUCACCGAGGCCCUCGCUGCCGAUGCCGGCUGGAUGCACUGCGGCGCGUGCCACGCGCUCGUCGAGCAUCGCGAGGCAUGCCAGCACAUGACGUGUCGUUGUGGGCACGAGUUCUGCUACGUCUGCGCGCUACCGUGGCAGACGUGUGGGUGUACCAUGGAUUCGCUAGCGGAGAAGCUCGCGGCGGCAGCGGCGCGGGUCGAGGCGCGACUCCUUCGGGAGGCGGAGGAGGAAGAAGCCGUGCGAAUGGUGGAGGAGUUUGAGAGGGAGGAGAGGCUCAAGCAGGAGCUGCUCCGUGCCGAGGCCGAGAGGGCGGAAGCCGAGCAGAGGGCUGAGCGGGAGGCCAUCAGACAGAGCGAGGUCAAGGACAGGUUUGAGAAGCUGAGACGCCAGAUGGGGGAUCUAAGGGAGCUGCAGGAUGUGCUUGUAGGCUGGCAGCACGAUCGGGAGGUCGAAGUUCUCAAGGCCGAUGGUGCCGCUGAAGAGGAGGCUCUUAAGGAGAGGCAGCUCAGAGAGAGGCAAGAAUACGACCAGACGGCACGCGACAAGAUUCAAGUGCAAGAGCUGUCGUUCAAACGGGACUAUGCUUCGAGAGUCGCGCAGGAGAGGGACGUCGAGGCCAAGUACAUGCUCGAGCUGCAGGUCUUCUACGAAGGGCGCGUCGAGGGGGCGAAAAUGGUCGGCGACGCGAUGACGCUGUUCCGGCGGCAGAUGGACAAGGGGUGGCGCGCCUGGAGCCAGUGGCGGGACGGUGAAAUGGCGGCGUAUCAGGCCCGCAUCGACGAGGAGCGGACCAUUCAGGAGGAGGGGCUCUGCAGCGUCAAGGCGAGGUUGGAGGACAGGCUCGCCGAGCAAGCGAGAGAGGCGACCAGGAGGACGGCGGCCGAGAUGAAGUGGGCCGAGGAGGUGUGGCGGGAGAGAGAGGCCAUGAUGGUGGAGCUGGAGAGGGAGGAGCUCGAUGACGGAGAGACCGGGAGCUGGUACAGCUUUAGGGAUGCCGAGGAGGAACUGCCUGAGGAGGCGGAAGCUUCUGGGUCAGGGUCGGAAUCGGCGUCAGCAGCGAUUCCGGCUUGA